AUGUCCUUCUGGGCGGUUAGUCGCGGCCAAACGCCUCCGGGAAAAGUGGCGCCCAUGUUAAAUCCAAAUCAACGCCAAUUUCUUGAGGAUGAGAUACGCUAUCGUGAGAAACUCAAGAUGCAGGAAGGUGGCAUGUCGAAUGUUUACGUACGCAAACUGGAAACAGUGGAUGAUCCGGACGAGCUGGACAAACACGAUUCGUUCUAUCAGACGACGAAAAGUCUAUUGGUGCUGUUUCAAAUUAUGGGCGUUAUGCCUAUACAUCGCAAUCCGAAGGAUAAGAAUCUGCCGCGCACUGGCUACUCAUGGACCUCCAAGCAAGUCAUGUGGGCCAUAUUCAUUUACAGUUGCCAGACGACAAUUGUGGUAAUGGUAUUGCGGGAGCGUGUGAAGAAGUUCAUCACCAGUCCGGAUAAACGUUUCGAUGAAGCCAUUUAUAAUGUGAUCUUUAUCAGCUUAUUGUUUACCAACUUUUUGUUACCCGUCGCCAGUUGGCGUCAUGGUCACCAGGUGGCAAUCUUCAAGAACAUGUGGACCAAUUAUCAAUACAAAUUCUUCAAGACAACGGGAUCGCCUAUCGUGUUUCCCAAUCUCUUACCGUUAACCUAUGCCUUGUGUGUGUUCUCCUGGCUGUUGAGCAUUGCAAUCAAUCUGUCACAGUAUUUUCUACAACCCGAUUUUCGCCUGUGGUAUACUUUUGCCUAUUAUCCGAUUAUAGCCAUGUUGAAUUGCUUUUGCAGUCUGUGGUACAUCAAUUGUAAUGCAUUCGGCACUGCGAGUCAUGCUCUAUCCGAUGCAUUGCAGGAUACCAUUAAAGGUGACAAGCCCGCUCAGAAACUGACGGAAUACAGGCAUCUCUGGGUGGACUUGAGUCACAUGAUGCAGCAACUGGGACGGGCCUACUCCAACAUGUAUGGUAUGUAUUGUUUGGUCAUCUUCUUUACGAGCAUCAUUGCAACGUAUGGCAGCAUAAGUGAGAUUCUCGAUCAUGGUGCUACGUACAAAGAAGUCGGACUCUUUGUCAUCGUAUUUUAUUGCAUGACUCUCCUGUACAUCAUCUGCAAUGAGGCGCAUUAUGCAUCGGAAAAGGUCGGUCUCGAAUUUCAGACCAAACUGCUUAACAUUAAUCUCACGGCUGUUGAUACGGCCACGCAGAAGGAAGUCGAUAUGUUGCUAGUGGCAAUUAAUAAGAAUCCACCCAUCAUGAAUCUCGAUGGAUAUGCGAACAUUAAUCGUGAACUCAUCACCACAAACAUCUCAUUUAUGGCCACAUAUUUGGUGGUGCUGCUCCAGUUUAAGAUCACCGAACAGCGUCGAGCAAACCUUAAUGUUUAAAAUUAUCCACUUAUCGAUUAUGUCAUCUACUUGGAGAAUUACCAAUGUUUCCUUUUACAUCUAAAGUCAGUUAAAUACUUUAAUUAAUGAAAGUAAAAACAA